AGUGGCAUGUCUUUUCCCGCACCGGCUCUGCUAGACCGUUUAUCACCUCUCAAGUAGCAAGUUGUUCACCUGUGCGUGCAAACAUUCGAUACCUCAUUCGAGAAGUUGUAAAGUAUUUGGUGUACGGUAACGCGUCUUGUUUUCGUGCCGUUUCUCUUUGAUGCACGGAAUUUCAGUAUGACGUUUCCCCAUGUCUCAACAGUUUGAGGAUGCAUUUUGAACUGAAACUUUGAACUUGUGGCACCUUUAAAAUUGUACGAACAAUAUUUUGCACCUCUACCAAAAAGUAGCAAUAAAAACGUUCAGCAGGAUACGAAAUUAUAUUCUUUAUACAGACGAAUAUUGCUUUAUUUUCCAUAAGAAGAAAGGAACAACCGUCCGACAAUAAGAAGGAUUACAUCAUUUCUAAUGUCACAACAAGGUGAAAUUGUGGACGGAUUUGACUAACUUCGAUUUUCCGUACCCUGACCGCUCAAGCAAAUGGAAUGUCUUUAGGUCUCAUGGACUAACAGUUAAAUUCUGAAUCAAAUGACAAAACAUUUUCGAUAGUGUUCCAAUGACACGGUUUUCAUAAAAGUCUGUAUUUUCCGAAAUAUAAAAAGACGAUUAAGUGAUCCUUCACAAAGGACUACAACAGACUAAAUCCAUACGUUUGCAGAAUUAGAUAGAGAAUUAAGCCUCUCAAAAAGUUUCAAUUCAAAGGAAAGCGAAUGUUGAAAAAACAAAUAAUUUCAAAGGUUUAGUUGAAACGAAAUCAGAAAUGGAAUCUUCGCUGUCACAGUUCUCAAUCAACAGUAUCCUCGCGCGGAAGGAGCCCAAGGUACAGGACAUUGGCUCUCGGACGUCCCCCAACUCACCUUGGGUCCCGGUCGGGCCGAAACCUCGCCUGAACGGGUUCAAAGCACUGAAUGGAAGUCCCUUCGCGCAGUACAAAGUGGACCAGGACCAACAAGAGGAGUUGAGUGCACUGUCUGACGAAGAGGAAUCCGAUGAAGCACUGGAGGUGGAGGAUGGAGGGGACAGGGGGUCGACGGAGGGCAGAAGGUCGGUCGACUUGAACGUGGAAACUGAUGAGCCAAGCAGGGAUAUUCCCGGGACGUAUCAAAGAGCCGAAACACCCUCCUACAGAAGGAGCGACCCCGGCACAGGACCACGGCCAAGGAAAAAACGGUCCCGGGCCGCGUUCUCCCACGCCCAAGUCUUCGAAUUGGAGCGCCGUUUCAGCCACCAACGCUACCUCUCCGGGCCUGAACGAGCCGACUUGGCCGGGGCCCUUAAGCUCACCGAAACGCAAGUGAAAAUCUGGUUCCAAAACCGCCGUUAUAAAACAAAACGGAAGCAGCUACAACAGGAACAGUGCUUACCCUCAAACGGCCGAAAGGUGGCGGUAAAAGUGUUGGUAAAGGACAACCAGAGACUGUACACGCCCAAUGACUUAGUAGGAAAUGUUUUAUACCCAUCUAUACCUCUUCCUGGCUACAAUUAUGUGUUCCCCCUUUACACGCCUCUGUUUAACCCCUUCACGAGCUGAGGGUGAUAUGGACUUCUCUGGCAUUGAUGACUGUUUCUCUGUUGUGUGUUUGUCUGGUGAUUGAAGUUGCUGUCAGUAAGUGUAGAAAUCACAACUGCGUUCAUGAUGAGGGGAGAUUCACCACGGAGAUGUUUAGGUGAAAAGUGGUGACCUAUCUCACCACGGUUCGCUGACAAAGUAUAGGUCCGGAAUAUUUUGAGUAAAACCUGGGUUACCUUAUGUAUCAUGCAUAUGUCAAAGAAUAUAUCGUGUCAGGUUAUAAUGUGGAGCUUGGAAUAUUAUUUGUAGCCGCCAUACUUGUAUGCGUGAAUGAUGAAUAGAGAUAAUCUAAUGUAAGUAUUGAAUCGAUA